AUGGCUAAGAAGAUUGUCGUAGUUACUGGUGCGACAGGCAACCAGGGCUCUGCCAUUGCCCGUGUGUUGAUGAAGACCGGAGAUUGGCACGUUCGCGCUGUGACCAGAAACCCUAAUGGAGAAAAGGCGCAAAAGCUCGCUGCAGAGGGUAUGGAAGUUGUUCAAGCCAGCUAUGAUGAUGAGGAGUCUGUCCGGAGCGCCUUCGUUGGCGCACAAGCGAUCUUUGCGGUCACCAACUGGUGGGAGGCUUUCCAGAAAGGAGCGAGUCAAGCUGGUGCUGGCAUAAUCGAAGAACGCCAAGGUAUAACGCUUGCCAGGCUGGCUGCGGAAGUAAAGACGUUAGAGCACUACAUCUGGAGCACACUCCCAGCGGCAGACAAGAUUACCAACGGGGGGUAUCCUGUUCCUCAUUUUGACUACAAGGCCAAGGUCGAUGAUUAUAUCUGGAAAUCCAUGCCAGCACUUGCUGCGAAGACCACAUUUCUCAUGUUCGCUUUCUAUCCGUCCAAUUUUGCCUUCUUCCCCCUGUUGAAGCCCUUACCGGUGGUCACUGCUCCCGGGACAUACACAUGGAUGGUCCCCACAAGUCCAUCAACCCUCUAUCCCAUGUCAGGUGAUAUGACCAAAGAUCCAGGGGUUUGGGCGCGCCAGAUCUUGGCCAACCCGAAGUUGACACAUGGUAAAUACGCCGCCGUCUGUACUGAGGUCAUGACUCUCGGAGAAGCACUGUCACAGUGGGCAGAGGUGUCAGGCAAGAAGGGGGUGUAUGUUGAGGUCAAACCCGAUGUGAUUGGUAAUCUUUACGGGCUAGCAGGAGACGAAGCUGUCACGGGCGUACUGUUUGGUGAGGCAGUGCCAGAUUGGUUUGCGCACGUCAAAGAACAGGGUCUGUUUGUCACGAAGGAAGAGUUAGGUAUCUCAGCUGAUGAGGUUUGUAACUUUAAGCAAAGUCUUGAAUUGCUUAAGGACCAUCUUGGAUAG